AUGGAAACCGCGGCCGAGAUGAGUCCCGUUCUGCACGAGAAGCUCAGCGACGUAUUGAACAGAUACGACGCGCUGGAGGCCAUUCUCGUGUGCACUUCGGAAGGUGUCCCGCUCCUCAAAGUGGCGGCGGACGACACGUCGGAGCUGUCGUACGAGUACACGGAGACAGUGCUGCCCACGGUCUUUGCUGGGGCGGCCGAGCAGGUUGGAAAGCUCAAGUUUGGGGCUGUGCAGAGCGUCACGGCCUUCUUCGACGACGUCGUGCUGAUCCACGUCAACCAUGCGCCGCUGGUGAUUACGCUCGUGGCGCCCAACUCGCCGCAGAUCGGAGCGCUCCACGCUUUGGCGAGCGAACUGCGCUCGGCACUCACGCCGCUCAAACGGUGUGUGGAAAGCGCGGACGUGCACUGA